ACAGAUUGCCGGGAACAGCUGUGUUAACGCAUAUUUCCUUGAUUAAAGCGCGUUUUACGGCGUAUUUCGCCAGUUGUACUAAUAUUCGUCACAAUUUGUAAGCUCUUUACAUGUCGUUGAGUCAAAUUAGCAAUCAUUACAAUGAACACCUUUUCGAGACGAAUUCCGUGGAGCAAGUAACCCCAAUAGUAAACAAAAGACAACUAAAUAAUGAAAAUCAAGAAAACGUGACAAAUAAACGCGCAAAGGUUACAUCUCUUCGGGAAGAGACUAUUGAAUCAGCAGAGGAAGACGAUUCUAAUGAGCAAGAAAAUGACUCGAACGUGUCUUCUCGGCUCGUUUCCCCGGAGUUAGAUGUCCGCGAGGAUGAUGCUCUUUUUGCAAAUCGAGUUGGCGUGUUACAAUCUAUUCAUCUUAUCAAUUUCAUGUGUCAUGAUGCCCUGAAACUGGAUUUCGGUCCUCGGAUCAAUUUUAUUAUUGGUCAUAAUGGUAGCGGUAAAAGUGCUAUACUCACCGGUCUUGUCGUAUGUCUGGGUGCGAAAGCAGCUUCAACGAAUCGUGGUGCGAAUCUAAAAACAUUGAUUAAAGAAGGCCGUUCACAGGCCCGUGUGUCUAUCGUUAUAAGUAACCGAGGUCCAGAGGCUUUCCGACAUGAUGUGUAUGGAAACUUCAUUACUAUUGAGCGUACCGUCCGCAGGGAUAGCGCCAACGACUUAAAAAUUCGUGCUCAGGAUGGAACCGUCGUAUCAACAAGAAAGGAAGAGCUUGAUGAUAUUUGCGAUCACAUGGGUCUUCAGAUUGACAAUCCCAUGAACAUCUUGACACAGGACACUGCUCGACAAUUCCUUGGAAACUCAAGUCCAAAGGAAAAGUAUCGGCUGUUCAUGAAAGGCAUUCAAUUAGAACAACUAGAGAAAAACUAUACAUUAAUCGAGGACAGCAUCAGUAGUACUCAGAAUCUUCUGCUGAACAAGAAAGAUGCGCUCCAUAACCUCUCGAAAACUGAAGAGCGCUGUCGGUUUCAAUGGGAAAAAACUCGCAAAGCCGAGAAUAUGCAUCUACUUGUGGAACAGAAAAAAGCAGAGAUGGCUUGGGCUCAAGUCAUUGAGGUUGAAAAAGAGCUACUCGCUGCUGAAAAGGAUGUUCAAGUCGCUGAAGCCAACCUAGCACGCGCGGAGAAUAACUUAAGAGAUUAUGCUUCAAGCAACAACUCGGUUGAAGAAAAAAUCACAGAAAAGAAGCAGAAAAUCGAGGAGCUCAAUGAGGAGAAAACAAAACUUCGGCGAAAAUUUGAGGAGUUCGCCCAAGAAUUUGAAUCACACCGCUCGGAAUUGAAUGUUAUUGAAGUUCAGAAAAAAGAUAUUCAAAAUAGUAUCACGGCGACAAAACAAUGUACGGAUGCUUACCGUCAACAACUUGCCGUAGAACACAACCGCGACAAGGAAAGCGGUGAUGGCCAACAUGACCAACGAGCUACUGAAACUUCGGCUCUGCAAAAAGAGAUUGCCAACCUAGGUGAACUAAUUGUUGAGCAAGAAACUCGCAAAAACGAACUUCAUCAACAAGUGCAGGAUCUAAAGAAUGUUCUCGAGGAACGUGAAAAGGCAAAGGAACUUGCAACUUCAAAAUGCUCAGAUCAAGCAGGAAAACUGCGUAUCAUAGAAGAUGUUCGGUCCGACAGAAUUAGUGCAUUUGGCCAAAACAUGUCUCGGUUGCUGUACUUGAUUAAUCGGGAAACACGUUUUAUCAGUAAGCCAAAAGGUCCAAUGGGUCGUUACAUGAAUGUGAAAGAUGAUAAAUGGCAUUUAAUUUUGGAGCGCAUCUUUGGCAAUGUAAUCAAUGGUUUCAUUGUUCGUGACCAUCAUGAUCAAGCUUUGCUUAAGUCUUUAAUGCGCCAAGCUAAUUGUCGUGCCACUAUCGUUGUUGGCAAGUACGAUCCAUUUGACUAUUCCGCAGGUGAACCAACGCAGAAGUAUCCAACUGUUUUGCGAAUGAUUGACUUCUCGGAUGAUGAGGUGUUGCAUACCCUCAUCAAUCAUUUGGGUAUUGAAAAAAUGCUAUUAAUUGAGGACCGACGCGAGGCAGAACAAUUUAUGAAGAGUGGUCCGGCGAACGUAACACAGUGCUACGCCAUUGAUCCCAGAAGCAAAGGCUAUGGUUUUCGAAUCGUUAGUAAUCAACGAUCUUCUGGUAUCUCUAAGGUUUCACCUUGGAAUCGCCCUCCUCGGAUUGGUAACUCGGUGACCAUGAACAUAGAGCAAGAAAAAGAGACGCUGGCCGCCUUUAAAGCAGAGCUCGAUCAAGCUGUUAAAAGUUGGGAGGAUGCGAAGAUUGACUACUCUCGGGCUUACCGUGAAGAGGCGAUCAUUACUGAAAAAGUCAGUGAACUAAAACAAACCGUUUUGUCUAAACGGCGUAAGCUAAAUUCGUUAGAAGCUAUGGAAAUUGCAUCUAUGGACACGAGUAAAAUUGAAAACUUGGAAAAGCGAAUUCGCGAUACAGAGACUGAGCUUGAAAGUUAUCAGGGUCAAUUAAACGAUGCUGAAAAUGCGGCAUCUCGUCUACGGGAAAAACAAGCGCCAGUGGUUGAGAAACUAAACUCCGUCAAGGAGGAGAUUAAACGUUUAAGUCAAAAGUUGGGUGAAGCGCAGCAAGAGCUGAAUGCUUUACUCGACUCCAAAACGAAGUAUGACGUUGACUUGGAACACUAUCAAAAUCGAGUACAGAAUUGCAUUGACACAUUGAAUGAGAAAAAGUACUCUCGUGAAACUCGGGCUCAAAUUGUUCGAGACUUCACCGCAAAAGCAUCUAGUCGAUGUGAACGUGUUCCGGUGGAACACACUCCAGAAGAACUUGAUGUGGAAAUUGAACGAUUAGAACUUCAAAUUCAAGAAUGGAGAGGACAAACGGGUAUUUCCAUCGAGAAAGCCGCCGAGGAGUACUUGGCAGCAAAGGAAGAACACGAUCGUGCUAAGAUUUUACUUGACCGCUUGGAAAAGUUACUCGAGAUUUUGCAGGAAACAUUGCGGAAACGUGUUGAGCGCUGGACCAAGUUUCGUAAACUUAUCACGUUGCGCACAAAAGAACUCUUUGAAUUAUAUCUGAAUCAACGUAAUUUCACGGGAAAACUGGUCAUUCGUCAUCAGGACGAGUUCCUUGAACCGCGUGUAUAUCCAGCCAACCGCAACAUUGGUUUCCAGUCCCAGUCAUCGCGUUCACAAAAUACCGUUCAAGGCUUAUCCGGCGGCGAGAAAUCUUUUGCAACGGUGUGUAUGUUGCUUUCCAUCUGGGAGGCUAUGAGUUGUCCUAUCCGCUGCUUGGAUGAGUUUGAUGUCUUCAUGGACGCCGUUAAUCGACUCGUUAGUAUAAAAAUGAUGGUCGACUCAGCAAAAGAUUCUUCUGAAAAGCAGUUUAUUUUUAUUACUCCACAGGAUAUGGGUCAUGUGGCCUUUGACAAGGACGUUUCCAUCUAUCGAUUGAGCGAUCCCGUUCGUUCAGAUUUGGCUGCCUCUACCGCUCCAUGAGAAUUUCAUGAAUUUGUUUUUUCUUCUGCUUGUUCGAUGUCUGUUACCCUUGUUCGCACACAGUCUCUCCCCCGCCUCUAUGUCACUUCGUUCUUGCUUGCUUUCCUAUCCUGUUGUAACUUCAUUCCUUCAAACCUUCUCCCAGCAUGGAACAGACGACCCAGGCCCCGCCAUCCAUUGCCAACGGAUUUCACUCCAGCAGCGGAUCAACACCAUUUUUGACAAGAAAAAAAAUAGAAGAGGACGAGACGGUACUAGUGUGUGUACUUUCCUAUCUAACAAAAUAUUUAAUGAUUCAUUUCUGCUUGGUUUAAGAUAAAGCGUUCGUAAAGGAAAUCUGGGUCUUGGCAAUUGAGUAUGAUGAGACACGCUGAACACAUUGACAACAGUAAUACAAUCGUUAUUUCAUGGACAUAUGCGCCGAG